AUGAUCCAACUACCUGUCGAACUCCAACGGGGUUGCAUCGAUUUCCUUUCCGUCGAUUUGGCGACACUUAAGGCCCUUCGCCUAGUAAACAAAGGAUUCCACGAAUUGGCCUCCGAGAGUCUAUUCCGCACAGUGUCCUUCACGAACGUUGGAAACAGCCCUGAAAGAUUCUUGAGUAUCAUUCAUUCCUCUUUACGAAAGCAUGUACGUCAUGCCAUCAUCAAUACUUCCGAGAACCCCGACGGGGAGCAGAAUGAGGAGGACGAGGAUGAGGAGGAGGAUGACGACGAUGACGACAACGGGAAAUAUCUAGCGGAUGGACCAGACAUUCUCUGUACCUUCGCCGACGCCAUCACACAACUUCCACAGUUGGAGAGUUUGAAGCGGAUAGAGCUAAAGUUCUCGAGCAUUUGCACCGUGGAGGACUACACUCACACCAGAUACAGAGAUACUAUGCUGCAGAUUAGAGAGGAUGAGAGUUUCCGGACGAAGAUCCAGGACCUUUGCUUCGAGGCUUUGGCGCAAAGCGAGAGCUUCGAGAGUCUUACGAUCCAGAACUUGCAGGACGCAAUGCCUCAGGAUGUCAUGGAAUCAAAAAGCUUCCUGGCCGUCAGAGAGCGCUUGACAGAAUUGCGACUGAGAAUUCUGAGGUACCACGUGGAACCGGAGGGUGGACCGAGCACCUAUGCAGAUGCGCAGCACAAUGGUCUAAGGCGAUUUCUCCCGAAGUACUGGUUGAAGCCCACCACCAACCAACUCACACGGUAA